CACCUCAGGCCCCAUUGUCAGCACGGCGUCCGCACCGAUGGAUCGAUCGCCCAAUUGCACGGCCGGCGACGCAGCGGCGGAGGAGCACCCGCAGCAGCCUCCGAAGAGGACGCUGGUGUUCACGUACGGCACGCUGAAGCGCGGCUUCUCCAACCACGCCCUGCUCCAGGAGCUGGCCCGCGGCGGGGACGCCUCCUUCGUGGGCGCGGCAACCACCGCGUCGCGCCUCCCGCUGGUCUGCGGACCCUACCGCGUGCCCUUCCUCCUCAACCUCCCCGGGGCCGGCCACCGCGUGGCCGGGGAGCUCUACGCCGUCACGCCCCGUGGCCUCGAGCGCCUGGACGAGCUCGAGGGCAUUUCCCGCGCGCACUACGAGCGCCUCCCCAUCUCCGUCGACCUCGCCGAGGAUGCCCGGGUGGACGCCUUGGCCUACUACGCGCACCGCGCCUACGCGGACGAUCUGUGGAGGCGGAGCGGGGAGAAGGGGUACCCGGAGUACUCGCACGCGGUGGCCGCCGGCUACCUCCGGCGCAAGGAUCGGCCGCAGGACGUGACCUUCCUGGAGCAGAUCCGCAUCUUCGUCUCCUCCCAAUCCUAGUCAUGGAGAUAAUCGUCAUCCAUCCGCGUUAUGUUUCCUAUCGCCAAAUCUGCUGGGUCCAUGUGACUGUGUGUACCGUACGCUUGGUUUGUCUCCUCCUGUACCAGAUCGAUCGCCUGCCGUGAUCUGUACGGGAGUUGGUUUGUGUCAUGUUCGCCUCUUGAUAGCCUCGACCGCUUGUUGUAUCAUGUCUGGUUGCUUCGUAGUAUAAGCUAUCUCCAUCAAGAUUCCA